UUUUUUGUUUUUUUUUACCAGUCAGAAUGACACUUGAAUUCUGAUCUGCUUCUAAACGUUGCUGAUAUUGGGUUAAGAUGAGUGCAUCUGCUGGAGGGGUCAUGGGGUCCUUUAGGUGGGGCAUGGACUGCUGGUGACCUCUGCCUCUCGCACGCCUACAAAAACGGAAGAGGAAGUUGCUCCCAGAAGUCAUUUGGGAAUUGGAGAGCGAUUCAAAUUCAGAGGAAGAUGGAGAUGAGCAGGAGACGGAUCUUUCCCAGGAAAUGGCGGAAACCAAAGAAAAAAUCGCAGAAAUUGAGCAAGCUUCUCAAGCCCUCUUGGCUGAGUUGUCCAGCAUGGAGGCGGAGUAUGAGAUUGAGAAGAGCUGCCGAGAACAGGCAGAGGCCUUCGCCAUUCAGGUCAGCCGGGAGAACCAGAAGCUGAAGCGGAUCAGCCUGGCGCUCCUGCCCAGGUUGGGUCUCCACCAGGAAGACUUUGCGGUCCUGAGCAGCGGAGAACAGACCCUUCCUGGCCCUGCCCCGGAUCCCAUGGGCAGGUGCCUUCAGCAGGUCAAAGACCUUCAACUCAGGGUUUCAUGGCUGCUGGAGGAGAAGAAGGAAUUGUCUGCUCAAGUGAAGGACCUCCAGGCCCAUGUGGAGAAGCUCCAGCAUCAGCUACAAGAGGAGCGUGUUGAGAAGCAGUCUCUGAAAACUUUGAAGGAACACAGCCAGAAGAUGUUGACGAGGGUCAAACGAGCAUCCCGUUUGGUCACCGAGGAGUACGGCAGGAUGUCGCUGCAGUUAGAUCUGGAGGAGAAACUGAGGCAGCAAGCAGAAAUCUUUGCCCAGCAGAUGCUGGUGAAGCAGAAGGAGGCCCAUCGGCAGAGCCUGAUUCUGAUGCAGAACGUGGGAGCCGAGGCUCAGCUUCUCCUGGCCUUGCAGGAAGUGGCCGAGAUGAGCAAGGAGUUGGAGGAAGCCAAGAUGGAGCACCAGGCUAAAGUGAAGGAACUGGAGGCCCAGUUGGUGGAGCGGCCACUGCCAGAGGAGCUGGCCAGGGUGCAGGCAACGUUGGCCGCAGCAGAGGCAGGAAAGGCCCACCUGGAGGAGGGACUUCUCCGGGCAGAGGAGAAAUGCGCCACUCUGGAGCACAAAGUGAAAGUCCUGGAGGAGGGGGCUAAGGCCCCUGACACCCCAGAGGAGCACCCGGUGAUCCCCGUUCCACCCCCACCCCCACCCCCACCCCCUCUGCCACCUCCCACCUGGUCGGCAAAGACGGACCCCCUGAUGGCCCUGCGAGAGAGGAAAGGAGCACAGCCUGUGAAAAGGGGAGAAGACCUUUGCUCCGACGAUGCGACGGCCAGAGCCGUGGAGGAAAUGAUGGCCCGGAUCAAGAGCGGAGUGGCCCUGCGGCCAGUGAGGAGGGGCCCCGAAUCCUCCCCCCAGCCUCCAUCUGCUGCAGCGAACAAGCGAAGGAGCGUGGCCAUGGAGCUGCAAGACCUCCUGAGUACCCCGAGGAGGCCAAGUAGACGAUCCAGCCGCCAUAAGGGCAGCCAGAAGAAACUCCUGGUGGACAACCAACUCGAGAAGCUCCUGCAGAGACGGCGGCGUAUAGUGGACCAGAGCCCGGUCCUGCCAGAGCCAUCUGCCCCAGCUGCAAACGGGGGGCUCCAGCCUCCUAUCCCCGCGGCCAGGGAGGAAGACCAGGCAGCUUCAGCAGUGGGGGUCCCGAGGAACCCCCAACCCAAGCAGACAAACUUCUCAGGGAACGCCAAAGAUCUACCAGGCGAACCGGAGGAGCCGCCUGCAGGAGCCCCAGUGCACCCCAGACUGAAGAUUGCUGAGGUGGCCUGGCUUUGACCAUGGGCAGCGUCCCUCCUGGUCAGCAAAAGGACCGGCUCCCUCCGUCCCCCCCCCCCAAGGACUUUGCUUAACCAAAGGGGAGGAGUUGGGGAGGGGUCUUCCUAGGGCUAGGAUCCACUUCCCACCAACUCCAGUUGCAUUAUUACGGUCCUCAGCUUAUAUGACACUCGCUUACUGACCGUUGGAAGUUACAACAGCAAUAAACACAGUGACUUACGA